AUGGAGUUUUUCCUGAAACCUCAGCAAGAAUCAUCGUUUUAUCCCUAUUUUUGGACUGCACGUCAGUUUUCUGGAAGUUGCAAUGUCUGUUAUAUAGAUUCAGCUGCAUGGAUGAUAGUCAACCUGAAUCCUCUCACCAACUUGUUUUUAGUUUCACUGAACAGGUACUUUCCACAAGGGAUUGACAUUUACUUUGAUAAUGUUGGUGGAGCCAUGCUCGAUGCAGCUCUUCUCAACAUGAGGAUUCAUGGCCGGAUUGCCAUUUGCGGGAUGGUGUCUCAGCAUAGCUUGUCUGAUCUGCAAGGAAUUCACAAUUUGUUCAGUCUCAUAACAAAGCGCACAAGGAUGCAGGGAUUCCUGCAGAGCGAUUACCUGCAUAUAUUCCCACGCUUUCUGGAAGAUGUUACCAGUUUAUACAAGCAGGGGAAGGUUGUUUACAUCGAGGACAUGCACAAAGGUUUGGAAAGUGCUCCAGCUGCCUUUGUCGGGCUGUUUUCUGGGGAAAAUGUUGGUAAGCAGAUCAUCUGUGUUGCCCACGAAUAA